GCGGCAGCCAUCGCACCGGCUGUACAGGACCUCGCUGAUCUAAGGAGCAUGAUCAAUGCGGCGGCGAAUUCUAUUGGGGGCCCCGAUAACGCAGUCUUUGGCUUCGGUUUCAGCAGCCUGGUUGGCAGUAACUCAAUGGACACUGCCGAUCUCGUGAACAAUAUCACCAGCACUAUCCUGAGAGGAAAGUUUCAGCUCGACACAAACAAGACCGAAUGGCUCACUGCUGUAAACACGGUCAAUGUCUCCGUUGCCAUCAACUCUACGUCACCUUCAAACACGACGACACCUACACUCUCACUGAACGCGAGCGGGAUCACUCCAACCGUCCUUCCUACUGCAACACUCACGUUCGGUAACGUAACAAGCGAUCUCACCAAGCCAUACCUCGAAUACGUCCAGUCAAUUCCCAACCUGAGCAACAACCUGACGGCACUCGGACGUAGGUUCCACAGUGAAAUGAACGCUCCCGUCAGCGACGCCAUUAGCAGCCUGCAGCUGACUCUUACGGUAUUCCAAAUAGCGAUGCUAAAAGCCAACCUCAUCACUUCUCUAGCGGUACUACGUACAAUUCGCGCAAGCAGUGGUCUAGAAAGUGCACAAGCAGCAUGGGGUCGCCCACUCAAUCUACCAAGCGGCGAGGGUGACGAUGCUUCUGCCGAGCUAUCUGAGACUCUGCCGAGCAGCAAGGCGUUGACAGCAAGAGGUCAAUUGAAAAGACCACAGCCUGAGAACGGGAGAUUCUACACGCACCAGGAGCUUUGGAAU